AGAACCGCUGUUGUACCGGCCGGGGCAGCGUGCCCGGGUCCCCGGGCUGCUGCCGAGGAGCCGCAGGCUACGGGUGGAUAGCAAAAGCCUUUCCGAGUUGGUUAAGCCGCCCCAAGAAGUGAUUUUAAAGCGGGGGUGUGUGUUGGGGGAAGGUGGGGGGUGAGUUCAUGCUCGGCACUAUUUCUUACUGCUGACACCUCGACCCCACUGCAAGCCAGCACCCCGGCCACCCCCCCCCCCUUCCUGUCCCUCCACCUCUCCUGGGGAAUAGCCGAUAGGAGAAACCUCCAGGGCGAGGGACAUCCUCCGAAGGUAGCAAAAGGGCAGAGGGGUUCGGCCAUGCGGACUCAAAAAGCGGGGGCUCCCCGCGGCCUGAGGCCCCGGGGACGGGCGGCGGGGCCUGGGCCUGAUCCUGCGCUUCUGAAUGCGGCGGGGAGCUGAGCAAGGGAGAUCGAGCGUGUGUGUGUGUAUAUGCAAAAGGUUCGGGGGCCUCCCACCCAAGCACGCACCCCCACAUCCAGGAAGUGGGGGAUCCGGCGAAGGAAGCUCGUAACAUGGCGGAUAGCGAGGAAGGCUUCGGGCUCCCCACCACGCCGGCUGACUCGGAGGCCAAGGAGCUCCAGGCUGAAGCCAAGCAGGACACUCAGCUGGGGGCCACCAGCAAGUCCCCCACUUCACCCCAGGCAGCCUUCACGCAGCAGGGUAUGGAGGGGAUAAAGGUGUUUUUGCACGAACGAGAGCUGUGGCUGAAAUUCCACGAAGUGGGGACGGAGAUGAUCAUAACAAAGGCCGGGAGGCGCAUGUUCCCCAGUUACAAAGUGAAGGUCACUGGACUUAAUCCAAAAACGAAGUACAUUCUGCUGAUGGAUAUUGUACCAGCGGAUGACCACAGAUAUAAAUUUGCAGAUAAUAAAUGGUCGGUGACGGGGAAGGCAGAGCCGGCCAUGCCUGGGCGAUUGUACGUGCACCCCGACUCCCCGGCCACCGGCGCCCAUUGGAUGAGGCAGUUGGUUUCCUUCCAGAAGCUCAAACUUACCAACAACCACCUCGAUCCCUUCGGACAUAUCAUCCUAAACUCCAUGCACAAAUACCAGCCCCGGCUCCACAUCGUGAAAGCGGACGAGAACAACGGUUUCGGCUCUAAGAACACCGCCUUUUGCACCCAUGUCUUUCCGGAGACCGCCUUCAUCGCCGUCACCUCCUACCAAAACCACAAGAUCACCCAGCUAAAGAUUGAGAACAACCCCUUUGCGAAAGGCUUCCGCGGCAGCGACGACAUGGAGCUCCACAGGAUGUCCAGGAUGCAGAGUAAAGAGUACCCGGUUGUUCCCAGGAGCACAGUGAGACAAAAAGUGUCCUCGAAUCACAGCCCCUUCAGUGGUGAGACCAGGGUCCUUUCUGCCUCCUCCAAUCUGGGCUCCCAGUACCAGUGUGAGAAUGGGGUGUCGAGCACCUCCCAGGACCUGCUCCCGCCUGCCAACCCCUACCCGAUCUCCCAGGAGCACAGCCAGAUCUACCACUGCACCAAGAGAAAAGAUGAGGAAUGUUCCACCACCGAGCAUCCCUACAAGAAGCCCUACAUGGAAACUUCUCCAGCAGACGAGGAUCCUUUCUACAGGUCCAGUUACCCCCAGCAGCAGGGACUGAACACUUCAUACAGGACUGAAUCAGCCCAGCGCCAAGCAUGUAUGUAUGCCAGCUCCGCUCCCCCCACGGACCCCGUACCCAGCUUGGAGGACAUCAGCUGUAACACAUGGCCCAGCGUGCCAUCCUACAGCAGUUGCACAGUGUCUGCCAUGCAGCCGAUGGACAGGUUACCCUACCAACAUUUCUCUGCCCACUUCACCUCGGGGCCGCUGAUGCCCCGGCUCAGCAGUGUGGCCAACCAUACCUCCCCUCAAAUAGGAGAUACCCAUAGCAUGUUUCAGCACCAAACCUCUGUUUCUCACCAACCCAUCGUGCGGCAGUGCGGACCUCAAACUGGCAUCCAGUCCCCCCCCAGCAGCUUACAGCCCGCAGAGUUCCUGUAUUCCCACGGCGUGCCUCGAACCCUUUCUCCCCACCAGUACCACUCGGUCCACGGCGUGGGAAUGGUGCCAGAGUGGAGUGAGAACAGCUAACAAGGGGGUCAGGAAAGUGCAAGAGCAUUAACCAUGGAAAAAAAGCAAACAAGAAAAGGAAAAUGGGAAAAGGAAAAGAAAAAAACCAACCCAAAAAACCCUGUUGAUAAUAAAAAGGAGAGUAUUUUGCAAGACUCCUUUAACUGAAUGUUCACCAAUAGCACUCAAGAGGGACGGACACUGAUUGAAGCCACAGAUGAAACAGCCAUUUCGGUGUGACUUACCCCCUUCCUCUAUCCCUUUUUCUUUCGUUUCAAAGGAAAACCCAACAGGUUGGCACAUGUCCCCCCCCGCCACCAUCCCCACCCAGUUUGUGUUGCUGCCACCGCCAGCCCUGUGCCCCUGUCCCAUUCCCUGCCCUCCUGCUCUUUUUGUUCUCCAAGGGACACCAAACUCCUGCUGCCUUUCUCAACACAAUCAGAAUGCUUGAACGAAAACAACUAGGAUGUUACUUUUAUUUUGUGGUGUUGAUGUUGACAAUGUUAUAUAAUAAAUAAUAAUAUAUGUA